UAUCCCCGUGGAAAUACGCUAAUAUUUUCGUAAUUUUACCAAAAGUACCGCUUAUUGUCCGCUUCGGGGGAAUCGAAUUGCAAAGAAAGUCGUUUCACAACCGUAAAGACAACCGACAGUAAACAUGACGAACUCCAAGGGUUAUCGCCGUGGUACCCGGGAUAUGUUCUCCCGCGGAUUCCGCAAGCAUGGAACCAUCCCUCUGUCUACCUACAUGAAGGUCUACAAGGCCGGUGACUACGUGGACAUCAAGGGUCACGGAGCCGUCCACAAGGGUAUGCCCUACAAGGCGUACCACGGUAAAACUGGCCGUGUGUACAAUGUCACGAAGCACGCCCUCGGUGUGAUCGUGAACAAGCGUGUCCGCGGAAAGAUCCUAGCCAAGCGCAUCAACGUUCGCGUCGAGCACGUCAACCCGUCCCGUUGCCACGAGGAUUUCCUGCGCCGCGUGAAGGAGAACGACCUGAAGCGCCGUGAGAUCAGGGACAAGAAGCUGAAGAUGAAGGUGUCGCUCAAGCGCAAGCCGAAGCCACCGCGUCAGGCUCAGGUCAUCAAGAACCCGCCCACCCCCAUCUUCCUGGCUCCGAUCCCGUACGAGUUCGUGGCUUAAGCACGAUUUUCCGGUGAACCGGCAGUGGUACUGGUUGCUGUUGCUGUGGCGGUGCACGGUUUUUUUCGUUGCGAAGUCACACUUGUGUCGAAGUGGUGGUGUUUGUUGUGUACCGGAUGUUCCAUGGUGAACCGACAACACGUAAAUUUAUGGAUAUCUUCAACAAAAUACAGAAUGCGAGGAAAACAUAA